CGUACUAGGAUUCGUAACUUCUCUCAGCGAAGAUGGCGGCGUGUAGACGUGUGCAGCGACUGCUGCUGUUGAUGUUGAUCUGCGGCUGGAUUGGUUCUGCUCAUGGAGGCAAAUUGGACACUGAAAACGCCGCAGAUAAUGCCGAAAGAGGUAAAAAUGCAGCGGGAGAGGGGAAAGCAGCGGCGCCGGAUGGGGCCUCCUCGGUGCGGCGCAGCGGCGGCUGGAAGCUCGCGGAGGAGGCGGCCUGUCGGGAGGACGUGAGCCGGAUCUGCCCCAAACACUCCUGGAACAACAACCUGGCCGUGCUCGAGUGCCUGCAGGACCGAAAAGACGAGACUGAACUGGCUGCAGACUGCAAUCAUCUGCUGUGGAACUAUAAGUUCAAUCUGACGACUGAUCCAAAGUUCGAGUCUGUCGCCGUUGAGGUGUGCAAGACCACCAUCAGUGGGAUUAAGGAGUGUGCCGCUGAGGAACGUGGGAAGGGUUACCUGGUGUCGUGUUUAGUAGAUCACCGCACCAACAUCUCCGAGUACCAGUGUAACCAGUACAUCACCAAGAUGACCAGCAUCGUCUUCAGCGAUUACCGGCUGAUCUGCGGCUUCAUGGACAAGUGCAAGGACGACAUCAACAAACUGCACUGUGGAAGCGUCAACACUGGAGAGAAGGACAUCCACUCUCAGGGCGAGGUGAUCGCGUGUCUGGAGAAAGGCCUGGUGAGUGAAGCCGAGGAGCAGCCAGCCAUCACCAUCAAUGAGGACUGUAAGAAGUCAAUCAUGCGCGUGGCCGAACUCUCCUCCGACGACUUCCACCUCGACCGCCAUCUCUACUUCGCCUGUCGGGAAGACCGCGAACGCCUCUGCGAAAACACUCCAGCAGGAGAAGGAAAGGUCUACAAAUGUCUGUUCAACCACAAGUUUGAGGAGAGCAUGUCGGACAAAGUACGUCUGGUUUGCGGAGAACGGCUUAUAGUGAUGGUGUACAGAGAAAAUGGGCAGAAUAGUUCACACUUGACACUAAUUAUAACACAUCCACACAUAACCACAGCCCAGUCUUCCUCUUCCUUCUUUACAAAUGCCUUUUAUGCAAAGCUUCUGAUGCGAUGUGGACGGACACAGGCUCUGCCCCCUACAGUUUUGUUUUCCACAUGUUUUGGUUCUUGCUCCGCAGGUCAAACUGUGAGUGGCGAGUGUCAGGGAGAGAUGCUGGACUACAGGCGCAUGCUGAUGGAAGAUUACUCGCUCAGUCCCGAGAUCGUGCUGCAUUGCAGAGGGGAGAUUGACACGCACUGCUCCGGCCUGCACCACAAGGGUCGAACCCUGCACUGCCUCAUGAGGCUCCAGACACUGAUACAGGAAACAGACCCCGGGGCCGACUAUCGCAUUGAUCGCGCUCUGAAUGAGGCCUGCGAGUCCGUCAUCCAGACCGCCUGCAAACACAUCCGAAACGGAGACCCCAUGAUCCUGUCUUGUCUGAUGGAGCAUCUGUACACUGAUAAGAUGGUUGAAGACUGUGAACACAGAUUGCUAGAGCUGCAGUACUUCAUCUCCAGAGACUGGAAACUGGACCCUAUCCUGUACAAAAAGUGUCAGAACGAUGCGUCCCGCAUCUGUCACACUCACGGCUGGAACGAGACCAGCGAGUUCAUGCCGCCCGGAGCCGUUUUCUCCUGUCUGUACCGGCACGCUUACCGCACCGAGAUGCAGGGACGACGGUUAUCUCGGGACUGUAAAACGGAGGUUCAGAGGAUCCUCCACCAGAGGGCCCUGGAUGUGAAACUGGAUCCGGAGCUGCAGCAGCGAUGCAUGACAGACCUCGGGAAGUGGUGCAGUGAGAAGACUGAAGCUGGACAGGAAUUAGAGUGCUUACAGGAUCAUUUAGAUGAACUGGUCACUAGCUGCAGGGAUGUGGUGGGAAACCUCACAGAAUUGGAGUCCGAGGACAUUCAGAUUGAGGCCUUGUUGAUUCGAGCCUGUGAGCCCGUGAUCCAGUCCUACUGUCAUGAGGUGGCCGAUAAUCAGAUAGACACAGGGGACCUGAUGGAGUGUCUCGUUGCGAAUAAGCACCAGAAGGAAAUGAACGAGAAAUGCACCGUCGGAGUCACACAUUUCCAGCUGAUCCAGAUGAAGGACUUUCGCUUCUCGUACAAGUUCAAGAUGGCGUGCAAGGAGGACGUGCUCAAACUGUGCCCCAACAUCAAAAAGAAGGUGGAUGUGGUGAUCUGUCUGAGUACCACGGUAAGGAACGACACUUUACAGGAAGGCAGAGAGCAGCGUGUUUCCAUGAAGUGUCGUAAACAGCUCAGAGUGGAAGAGCUGGAGAUGUCUGAGGACAUUCGUCUGGAGCCGGAUCUGUAUGAGAGCUGCUGGCAGGACAUCAAGCAGCACUGUCAGAACGUGGUGUUUGGAAACGCUCAGGUGAUCGAGUGUCUGAAGGAAAAAAAGAAGCAGUUGACCCAGCACUGCCAUCAGAAAGUCUUCAAACUGCAGGAGACUGAAAUGAUGGACCCAGAACUCGACUUCCAGCUCAUGAGAGUCUGCAAGCAGAUGAUCAGGCGUUUCUGCAGUGAGACAGAUGCAAAGAACAUGUUACAAUGUCUCAAGCAAAACAAGAACAGUGAGCUAAUGGACCCGAAAUGCAAACAAAUGAUUACCAAGAGGCAGAUCACCCAGAACACGGACUAUCGUCUGAACCCUGUGCUGAGGAAGGCUUGCAAAGCGGACAUACCGAAGUUCUGCCAGGGCAUUCUGAACAAUGCCAAAGACGACAACGAGCUGGAGGGGCAGGUCAUCUCCUGCCUCAAACUCAAAUACGCAGACCAGCGUCUCUCUCCAGACUGCGAGGGCCAGAUCAGUGUCAUUCUGCAGGAGUCCGCGCUGGACUACAGGCUCGACCCGCAGCUGCAGCUCCAGUGCAAUGAUGAGAUCCCGCGGCUCUGUGCGGAGGAAGUAGCGGCGCAGGAGCAGACGGGUCAGGUUGAGGAGUGUCUGAAAAUCAACCUGCUGAAGAUCAGCCAUGAAGGCUGUAAAAAGGAGGUUCUCAACAUACUGAAGGAGAGCAAGGCGGACAUCUUUGUGGAUCCAGUUCUGCACACAGCAUGCGCUCUGGACAUCAAGCACCAGUGUGCUGCGAUCCCACCGGGCCGAGGAAGACAGAUGUCCUGUCUGAUGGAGGCUCUCCAAGAUAAGCGUGUGAGACUCCAGCCGGAGUGUAAGAAGAGAUUACAGGACCGCAUUGACAUGUGGAGUUACGCCGCUAAGGUGGCGCCAGCAGAAGGUUUCUCGGAUCUGGCCGGGCAGGUUUUCACAUCUCCUGCCAAGAACUACAUCCUGAGCAUGCUGGCGAUGUGCGUGGUCCUGCUGUUCCUCAUGGGUCUGCUGUGCGGCCGCAUCACCAAGCGCGUGACGCAGGAGUUGAAGGACAGGUAGAGAGGGGGUGCAGGGCAGGGGAAGUGUCAUUCAGCUCCCCCUGCAGGGCAAAAAGCCCAUUGCGCCCCACACGCCGUUCUCCGUCCUGGGCCGGGGAAGGACACUGGGGUUGGAAACGCAAACUUGACGGAGGGGGGCGGGUGUUCAGACUCAUGCUGUGUGUGCAUUUUCGUGGUACCACCGACGGCCACAUUGGGACCCAGUUUUAAUUGCUACACACACUCUAUUUUUAUUUUUCCCUGACUGUGCUUGUCCUACAACAUCGCCUGCUUCUCCUGAGCAAACCUGCCUGCUGCGCGCUUUCAAACGCCGACAUCACGGCGCGCCAGAUGACACCAAUCAGCUUUCUUCAACUAACAUCUCAAAGACUUGGUUUUGCUUUCCAGCUAAAUGUUUUAAUUUAUUGUUGAUGUUUUGGAGUGCGGGAGGUUUGGCUUUUGUUUUCCUUUCGUUUGCAGGGAUGGUGUCGCAAUAUUUGACGUCCAUGUUUUAGGAAAACGAUGACGAUGUGCGUUUUGACAAAGUUAGAGCGAUUGAACGAAUGUGUGUCUGUGCCUUUUUGCCCGUCCGAGUGAGAGAAUUUGUGUUUGGUUUGUGUGUCUGAUUUUAUCAUGGGGCUUCUUGUUGAUUUUUCUUCAUGUCACUGGGAACAUCUUUCUUUGCAGUAAGGGGUUACAAAUGUGUUUUUCUGUCAUUUGGUUGGUUGAUUUUGUUAAGGGAAGGGGUUCUGCAUCGUUAAAGUCUCACACGUCGCCGCCCGAUGCGUUUGAACUGGUCUUAAUUGAGCCACAAGACUUAGAAAAUGGACAAUAAAUAUCCGAAAUUGCAAAUCUAAGGGCGACUUGAUUCUGGACUGUGAGUCUGUAUCGACUCACUGGCCGCAUUGAAACGUCAAGCUGUUUACCUGCUGUUAUCGAUGCAGUUUAUGACGCUGUGGCUUGGUCGUCUGAGCUUUGAAUGAGUCAUUCAAUUCGUGUUUUCAUAGUGCCAUAUU